AUGAAAUCUCACCGCCUACCGUCAACAUCCACCAUGCAGAACAACCAAAAAGAACAUCUAUACAAAAUCUUAGUAAUCGGGGACUUGGGCGUGGGCAAAACAAGUAUCAUCAAACGAUAUGUACACCAAAACUUCUCUCCGAACUACAGAGCGACUAUCGGAGUAGACUUCGCGUUGAAAGUUUUAAAUUGGGAUACAGAAACUAUCCGGCUUCAGCUAUGGGAUAUUGCAGGUCAGGAGAGGUUUGGGAACAUGACCCGGGUGUAUUACAGAGAGGCUAUGGGAGCCUUCAUUGUCUUUGACGUCACCAGGCCAUCAACGUUUGAAGCAGUCACAAAGUGGAAGGAGGACUUGGACUCCAAAUUGACUCUUUCAAAUGGCAAGAACAUCGCUGCUGUGCUGCUGGCCAACAAGUGUGACCAAGGAAGAGAUGUACUGACGAACAAUGGCAUCAAAAUGGACCAGUUCUGCCAGGAGAAUGGGUUUGUGGGCUGGUUCGAGACCUCAGCUAAGGAGAACAUCAACAUUGAUGAAGCGGCCAACUGCCUGGUGAAACAUGUUAUAGCCAACGAGAAUGACAUCCUCCAGUCAGAAGUUCCAGACACGAUUUCGCCACAGCUGAAUUCUGCGAGAAACAGCACCUGCUCUGCCUGCUUUAAAUCAUAG